UUAUUGGAGGAUUUUAUUUAAAAAAUAAUAGAUUUAAAUUAAAAAUCAAACAAAUAUUUAUCAAAUUUAAGUAAUAGGGAAUGAAUGUUAAUACUAACAUAGUUUAGUUAGCAUGCGCUUGUAACAUGCAAGUGUUGUGUUAUGUAUUUAUUCUUUAAUGGUUAGAAUUUAUGUUUAACAUAACUUUGUGAAGUUUUUCAUAAGUUUGAAAGUCUUGAUAUUGUCGAUAAAAAUUUAAUUUGCUUUACUGUUUUUGAUUAUCAUUAAAAUAUAAGAAAAUUUUUGGUUAAAAAUAGUAUUAGUGAAUCAAAAAGUUUCUGUUAACAGAAUAAUAUUACAGAUGCCAUACAUUUUGGUACGUGGUAAUCUUGCAUCAUAUGGUCAUCGAUAUCCAUGGAGAGUUUUGGUAUCAGGUCUUAAAGCAUCCGAUAUAGAACAAUUGAGUCGUUUUGCUUCUGGAGGAUAUAGUGAUGAUUCGACAAUAGUGUAUUUACAACAUCCUUGUGUAAUAUUAACUGCUUUAGAAGUUCUUGGUUACAAAGUCGUAGCAUCUUCAAGUACUAGUGUUAAACAAGAUUAUAAUGAAUAUAUGUGGACUAUGAGAAAAGAUUUUUCUGAACCUGAACCUGAACCUGUUAUUAAGACAGUAAAAGACAACGAAGUCUAGCAACCCCUUUUAGCUGAACAAUGUCGCAAUCAGGAAAUGCAAUGAUCGGAAAAUUAGCCAAUGUAAUAAAUGAUGAAAAUUACUAUUAUGUUGGUGUAAAAGCAUCUCCAUUUGCAAAUGAUUGUGUUGUCUUUGGUUUAAAUUCGGAUGAAAUUUUGGCUCUUUCCAAGCGUUUUCCGAAUUCUGGAUCAGAUGUGGUCAACGGUGUUAUGAUCAAAGGUUACCAUUGUCUAUUUUUUAUACUUUUUUCACAGAAUAAUUGUAAUUUUUUUAAUUAAUCAAUUUCUUGAAAUAUUGUUAUAAUAUAAUUUGUAAAAGUAUUAUAAAAAAUGCUAAAAAAUCUCUAAAACAAAUAAAUGCAAUUGCAGUCUUUAAAUAAUAUAUUUUAUCAGGAAAUUAAUAAUAAAAAAUAAUGAUAAUAUAUUAAUAAAAAUAGAUUUAUGAUUAAUGUUUUUUCUUGAUAAUAUUUAUUAUAUUUUUAUCAUUUAAAAUUAUUUUUAAAUUUUUAAUAAUAAAAUAUAAAAUUUAUUAUAAGAAUAUUAUAUAUUAAUAAAUUCAUAAUAAAAUGGCAAUGAUAUUUU